AUGAGUGACCCAGCCAACAUCAACCACUACGAUGCGCGCGCCUACACCCGCAAGGGUACAACGCGGCGUGUUGUGGUGCGCGAGAAGCCGGUUUUGAAGUCUCGCAUGCAACGCCUUGCGGACUACCUACGCCCGACUACCCGCCACGGCUUCAACAUCGUGGGCACCUUUGAGCUGAGCAAGGUCAUGGCCUGCAUCAUCUUCCCCGUCUUCAUGCUUCUUUACUGGAAGAAUAAGGAGAAGGAGUUGCCGGAUAGCUGGGAGCAGCAGUUUGGCGGCCUGCAGCACCGCCAGUUCCGCGAGGAUCAGCUGCCAGAGCAAGACACCGACUACUUCAGCAUCAUGGAGAACUUCCAGGAGCGUCGCGAAGCCGCGCUGCAGAAGAAGCGGGAGGCGCUGCAGAGCAGAAUAGUCUGA